CAGAUAUUCUGUUCUCAGGAUGGGCGGCAUCCCCUUCACAGCGCUCGGCUGCGCAGCCUGCAAGAAGCGUAAGAUAAAGUGUGAUCUAAGAAAGCCCGAAUGCGACAAUUGCAUCAAAAGAGGGAAGGCGCCUUGCCCUGGUUAUCACGAUCGGAUCUUUAUUCACCACACUCUUGUAUCCCGACACGCGCGCAAUGGAGAAACCACGCGCCCAGUCCCCCAGCUGGUUGGACAGCUCAAGCCCCUGGCUUUGCCUGCUCGCUUCAAUAUGAGUGCCGAGGCUCGCACACAGCUAUUUGCCAACUUCAUGCACACCUUCUUCGCCCCCAACCCGUCCCUGAAUGGCAGGGACGACACCUGGUACUUGUUGAUGGCGCGCUUCCCAACCUUAGCCGGCCAAUCAGAACUGCUAGAUCGAUCGGUCAUCGGCUUGGCCUCGGUGUUUCUGGGGACGAAGAAAAGGGAUAAUCAGUUAGCACAUCAUGGCUUGGAGAUCUACAAUAGUGCUCUGCAUACGAUGCUACGGAUCUUGCAACGCAAUCACCCGCCUACGGCUGCCACUCUCUACUCGGCCAUUGUAUUCCAGACUUACGAGACUAUGCAGAAUAGCGAGACAGUCUUGCGUGAUUGCUUUGCCCACAUACAGGGCGCCACAGCGAUUCUGAAGCGACAGGACUGUACCCGAUACGAUGAUAAAACUCUUAUCAACGCCAUCAUCUGGAGACAUAAAUGGGCGGCAGCAAUGUUUGUCCUCAAUACCCCAUACAGUAUAGCACUGGACGGGGAAUGUCUCAGUCUUGGACGGACAGACAGCCCGGCGGACGGGUUAUUCGGAGUGAUUGCCGCAUGCAUUGUUUUACGCAGAGAUCUAUGCAAACUCAUCGGGCGACCGCAUCACAAUCGGGAACCCCCAUGUCAGUGCCAAGCACUACUGCAGCGCUGCUUUGAGCUCGAGGAGCGUCUGCAGGUAGACUGGCUGCAUACGUCCUCGCACAGGCUGGACGGCAAACCCACUCCAUGUAGCAGGUGGGUAUUCAGUCAGGAGCCCAGCAUGCUCCCUUUGGACCCAGAUCUUGCUCCGUAUAUAUUCAGAAAUCUUGAAACAGCCAAGAUAUACCUCCUGUAUUGGGUCGCUUCGCUGCUCAUCCGCCGCGUGAUUUACCAAAUCGAGACGCACCUGUUGCGAGACCCCGAUCCGAGCUGCAUGCUGUUCUAUACCAGAGAAAUCUGCCGCUCUGUAGCAUAUUGCAUACAACCUAAAAAUCAAAUGUCAGCCGGGCAAGCCCUCCUCAUGGCACUGUCCCAGGCAUGCAAAUGCUAUAUUGACUGCGGAAACCAGGCUGAAUUCCUGUGGUGCCAAGCAGUCUAUCCGUUCAUUGCAGCGAGCGGCUUCGGUAUAGCCAAUCUCCUGAGCCAGGUGGAGUGGAAGUUUUGGAAUGCGGCUCAGAGACAGCCACGGGGGUCUCUCUUGUUAUUACCUGAGGCGGUGCAUAAUACUUCGAUAUUAGCGACCGUAGGGGAUACACGGCAGUAGUGGUAAUGCGACCUCGCUGGGGAAAUAAGCAAUGAUAUAGUUGAUCCGACGCAUCCCGAUUGGGCCAGACAAGGCCAUGCACGGGAUUCGCACAAUUUGCCCCGUUAAGACUAGUGUGCUAUCAUAGCAUCUAUUUACAUUUGAUAUGACUGCGCAAGGCUGAACUCGGCUGAAUAAUACUGCUGCCCAUGGAAAUAAAUCAUCAACCCGAUAUCCAAGAACAUCAGCGGCACGGCGAAGCACAGACAAGAGUACUUGUACCCAGCAUCCGUCGUAUUGUCGUCUUUCCUGAUAUGACUGAUCCAGUCGGCGAAGCGGGCGACCCUGUGUAAUGUUGUGGCAUUUCUUCUGGGAAAAACUGUUUGUUUUUCUAUUUUUGAUCAACAUUCUGAAUGAAUUCUAAGAGGUUAUCGACUAUGCCCGCUUCUCUCAGAAUCCUCUAUCUUUCCUAACCGCAAAGAACGAUUUGAAAGAGAC